AGCGAUGCUAGUUAUUUUGUACCACAUGGUCCACAUGUUUUGUCCGAUACAUAAAGUAUUCUUUCUCGAGUUCUCUCUUGAAAGUUCAAAUUUUACUAUAUCAUGAAGUCAAAUAUCACAGACGAAAGCGAUGAAAGUUCAGACUGUUCUGAUACGACUGAAACAGAUUGUAAUACUUCGUACUUCACAAGUUAUGAAAAUCUCGAAGUUCAUCGCCUCAUGUUGAAUGAUCGUCCUCGCACGGAGUCGUAUCGGCAUGCCAUUCUGCAGAACAGAGCGUUAUUUCAAGAUAAAAUUGUUAUGGAUGUAGGCUGUGGAACUGGCAUACUUUCGCUCUUUGCAGCAGAGGCAGGAGCAAGGAAAGUAUUCUCUAUCGAAGCUAGUAAUAUUUCUUUAAUUGCAAGGGAUAUAGUCAGACAAAAUAACUUUCAAAAUAUUAUUGAAGUAUUCAGUUGCCAAGUGGAAGACUUCAUUCUGCCAAAUUCUGAGAAAGUUGAUGUAAUCAUAUCUGAGUGGAUGGGAUUUUAUCUACUCCAUGAGUCAAUGUUGGAUUCUGUGAUAUUAGCACGGGAUAGGUUUCUUAAAGAUUCUGGAACUAUGUUUCCUAGCAAGGCUUCCAUAUAUGCAUGCCCGUCAAAUCUUAAUGGCUUUUAUGAACAAGAGAUUGACUUUUGGGAUACUGUACAUGGCUAUGAUUUUUCUGUCGUAAAGCAGAUAGUGCUUCAAAACAAACAACAGUCACCACAAAUUUUAUCUGUUGAUAACAGUGAACUAGUUGCUGGCCCUGAGAUUGUGAAACAGUUCAAUUUAAUGAAUGUCACUGUAGAAGAUGUGAAACAAUUUCAAAGUAAGUUUUUUACAUCGAGUAUGGAGAAGAACAUCUGUCGUGGCAUCGUGCUAUGGUUUGACUGUGAAUUUCCCACAGAACUGAAGUCGGAAAACAGCUUAAUUCUGUCAACUGCCCCACGAUGUCCACCCACCCACUGGAAACAAACUGUAAUUGUCCUACCAACUGAAAUCAGUCUACAAGCUGGUGAUGUCAUUGGUUUUAACAUUAAGCUGUCACAGAGUGCUACAAAUCAUCGUCAUUAUAACAUCCAGGUUGAAGUUCUUUCUGAUGAGGAGGACCACCCGAUGCCAUGUAACUGUGGUUUGGCAAGGUGUAAGUUGAUCAAAACUUUCAUGCAGGAACAAGAUGAGUUAGAUGGUAAUGAGGUUAUUGAUAUCUCAUAGGGUUUGGCAAGGUGUAAGUUGAUCAAAACUUUCAUGCAGGAACAAGAUGAGUUAGAUGGUAAUGAGGUUAUUGAUAUCUCAUAGAUCUAGAUAGAUUUUCAAACUACUGGGUCAUAUUCCAGAAAACAUCUGCAUUGCACCCAGGGCUCAACAUAACAGGGGAUAGAUCUCUGGUCAAAAUGACUGGUCAACUUGAUUUUAGCUUGGCUUGGUCAAAAUUUAUUUUUGACCCUUCAUUUAUAUGCUUAAACUAACAGUGAAACAAACUAAUGGAAUCUUGUUUCGAUACAUCAUAGUUUCAUGUUAUGUUUCAAGAUAUCAGCAAUCACAUUUGGCAACGCAUGAAAAUGUGGCCGGUCAAAAUGACUGGUGAGGUAAAAAGUGACCGUUGAAGAGUCAUUGUCUGUUGACCGGUCGUUAUUUUGAGCCCUGCCAAAAUAACUAUAUUUGCAAAUCAAUUAAAUUGAUACUCAGACGCUACUAGUAUGUGACACUAACAAGUUGUCAAACUGGAUGUCAUAUGCCAUAUUUUGACAGGAAAAAUUAAUUCAAUAGAAUAUAAAACUAAAUAAAUCAGGGUUUUGCACCCUGCAUGCUGAUUUCACACACUCAAAUAUCCUAGCAGUGACCAGAUGAUUAUUUGGACUGGGUAAAUAUUAUUAUAGAGCAGUGCCAGUGAUGUUUUUUACCUGUGCGCAUACUGUAUUGAUAUUUAAUGUUAAGAUGCAAGCAUGGUGAUCAAAUUUCUUUGCCAGCCAAUGAGACAUUGUGGUUUACAUGUGAUCAGAAUCUCACAUUCGCAGUGUCACUUGACUAUCUGUCAAAACAAUGCUAUGCAAAUUUAUUAAAUAUAUCCAAAAUGGAACCCAAAUGCUCAUGAACAGUUGUUAGUGUUUGACCUGGAGGAUUUUAUUCUUGACUGGCAUAAUCUAAUUUUGCAGCACCGCCUAGUUUAACUGGUACAUUUUGGGAUAUUUGUAGUUGUGAUACGAGUUAAUCUUGAGUUUGGGUUUACCUUUGCUCUGUGAUUAUGUAAACCUUUUCAAUCUCAACCAGUCUAAUCCAUAACCCUAAUCCUGGCUUGAUAACUUAGCCUGAACUUGGACUGAAACUCACACCUGGGUCCCAGUACAUUUUACAAGUCCAAACAACACAAAUUUCCUCCAGAUAUUAUAUGAUACAUGUAGAUAUCAUGCGGAUAUUUUCUGGAGUGAGCCAUCUUUUUAAAUCUGUUAGUCUUGCUAAGGCCACAAUGGCAGAUAUUGGGGGUGAAUGGGUAUGUUUAGCAGGAUUUUGAUAUGUUUGCAUUUAGUUAAAUGCGGAUUAUAUAAAUUGGGUAUUUUUAGAUGUCCACUGUAUGGCAUACAGUGGCAGACACUUUGCAAAAUAUUUUGGGGAGGAGUUAGGUUGCCAACAUAUGAUCACCAUUUGUAGGAACCCCCCACCCCCUCCCCCCAUGCAAUUUCAUGCAGUGCAUAGCUUAUUAUAGAGUAGCUCACAAAUGCUUCCAUAGUUGAAAUAUUAUUUCUGCAGCUUAAGCCCUGUUUAAACG